GCUUGAUUUGAUCUAUAGACAACAUGGUGCAGUUGAGCCGCAACGAAACAACUAGUGCAAGUCUGAGCGCAAUGCAUGAUAUGAUACCUGCAGUGGUCACAAAGUGUGAUUGUACUAACUUAUGUAACAAAAAAGGACGUUACGGACGCUUGACCUACUUGGUCACAUUUGCUAAUUCGGGCCUAGUACUAGUAGGCUCGAGAACUGACUGGGGACCUGAUAUCAAUCUCGGUUUUAGAUCCAUGAUACACGAGAAUCAAAGUAGAGGCGCAAUUAUACAACCAAAACAUUCACUUUGUAGGCACACUCACACCUACUAGUACUCAACAUUUGACUGCUCUCCAUGAACCUUGAAAAUAGCUGUCAAACCGAUAUGCAUUGAUGAUCGGCCACCAAGUGGGACCAUUUAAGACUAUGGCCAUAUUGGUAGAGAAUGAGGGUGGGUGAGAGGCGAAAUGGAUGGACGUAUGAAAAUGGCAUUAGUGCUAGUCAUACCACCAUCUGGUGCGCAGAUCAGUGAAAUGAGAUCAGGAUAUUCGAUGAUGACGGUUCCUCCUUUGGUUGGUCGAAGUAGAUAUUUCUGCAUGAGGAAAGAUGAAAAGUCAAUCCAGGGGAUCAUAGUAGAUGUUGGUCGUAAAACAUCAGUGAAACACGCGAACUCCACAAAAGAUCGAACAACAUCAAGAACUGUUCGUGAUCUUGUCACCUUGUUUCCGAUGCCAUUCUGGAAAUGUUUUUGUGAUCACGGUGCGACCAUCAUAAAGCCUGUCAUCUCAUCUGUCUUCGUCUCUCUAGCACGGACUUCGUAAAUGUAGAUGUACUGUGAACAAAAGUCGAGCAGCUGUACGAUUUCAUCAGGUGGCUUCGAUUUGGAUGUUGGCGUACCCGGGUGUGGACCGGCGUGUGAAUAACAUUCAAUAUCGCACUAGUCGUCAGCUGGUUUAUGAUGAUAAGCGGGCAUGGGCAUUUGGGAACAUGAAUAAUAUAUGAGAUGAGCAGCCUCAGCGCUUGAACUAGACACUCUAGACUCCACUGUGGGCACAAUGAAUCACAAGUGUUUGC